UGUCCUUUACUCCUGGCUCAAAAAGGAGUCAAGCCCUUUGUUCGACUACAAGUAUGGGUUCUUCUCCCCUUCAGCACUUUGUUUCUACGUCCGUGCUCGCGUCCCCGUUCCACCUUCGUUUUACGACUUCUGGAGCUUCUUCUUGUUGUGUUUCCUUUGCUUGGUCCCCUUCUGCUUCGCGAUCAUAUUCGUAUUUCACUUUCACGGUAACACUCGUCCAAGUGAACGUGUUCCCCUGUCCUCUGUCAUCGUGUUCUUCGUGACGACUUUUCUGGGCAGCAGUCCACAUGGCUUGAACGUCAGUUGCCCAGCACCGAGGUUGGCGCUUGUGGCAUGGUUGCUGGUCAUGUUCUUUACCGGGAACUACUUACAGAGCAGCCUGACCGCUUCCAGGAGCAUGCCGGCGCUUUCAGCCGAGAUUACCAAAGAGCAGUUGCUAAAGCAUUUGCACGAAGGUACCAUGACUCCGUGCGUUGCAAGUUUUUCCUUGCAGAUGCGAGGGGACCGGGAAACGCAGCCAGUGUUCACACCGCUCGCCAGAGCUCUUGACAAAUGUCAGCCGAGCUGCCUAUCCAUGUACGGGUUUGGUUGUAUGGAGAAAGCACGCCAUGGAACGCACGUUUAUUUCAACAUGUGCGUAGAAAAGGAACGUCGCCUAGCAUUCACGCACGGACUGGUUGUCGGGGAAAGUACUUUGGCAGCCUGGCAAACCUACUCUGCGGUGCACAUUCGCUUCCCGCUGAGGUACCAGCACAAACGGCUCAUGAUGGCUGUCUCCGAAUCUGGAAUCUGGAUGCAUUCCGCCUCCCGUUACCCGUUCCCUCCAGUGAGCGAAGACAUCAUUUCUUUUGACAUGCCGUUGCACGAAUACCUAGCUGUUCUUUGCACUGGACUCGCGCUUUCGCUGGUGGCCUUAAUGGCUGAGAUCCUCCUGCACCGUUGUCGCGGCAAGGAAGAAUAGGAUGGAUCCAGAAGAGCAAUCCUACCCGCCUUCGUGAUAGCUCAGUGGCUUGCUUGCUCGCUCGCUUCUAAAGCCAUAGCCCAUUACAGCUGAUUGUUCAAAGGCCGGCCAAUAAAAUGAUCAAUCUGACGACUACGAGUGGUGGUUCAUGGUGAAUGCGUUUAACAAGUCACUGUUGCUGUGUCUUCGUGAAACGGGCCUCUAUGCUUGCAUCUAAUUUCUUUCCUACAUUAUGCCGUGUGAGAACCCAAGCGAAUCAACUAAAAGAAGGAAGGGGGAAGGGGUGUUGAGGGGGCAAGGCAGGAAAAGCCUAAAGAGUCAGUAAGAGAAAGAAAAAAAAAAUCACCGAUGGUUAUGAUAUGCCCUAAUGCUAAAUUUGAGCGCAGCUGUGUACGCGCUUUUAUUUCGCGAUAUGUUA